AUGGUUUGGUUUCAAAUCUCAAACCAAGAUGAAUCUCUAAUUCCUCAAAGGAAUAUGAAUGUGAAAAUGAAAAAUGUUUCUGUAAAGAAAAGCGCUCUUCAAAGUACAGAAUCUCAUGUUUCUCGCAACAUAAACCACCAUAUGAUACUUCUGCAACUACCCUCAGAGGCAUAUGUAUUGGCAAAAUCAUCCUUACAGGAAAUGGAAUUACUUGAAGACAUUUAUAAAAUUGCCUCAGGAAAAAGGCGGGAUUUCUAUACAAAAUUCUCUUUUGAUCCAAAUACUCUUCCAGUCAUAAAGAGGAAGCUUUCCUGCAUAUUCUCAUACAUCAAUCAUCUGAUAAGUUCAAAAUCAGCCGAUUCCUUUGAUGUGUUCACUGCAAAGGGCCAUAAAAUCCCCCAACUCCUGCGACAUAAAUUUUCAAUAAUUUUUGCUUGUUUUUAAUUAGAUAGAAGGCUACCCCCUGAAAAAUUUCUUCGUCUCAUAGUUUUUUACGUGCUGGUGCUUACGCUUUUCGCUGAUAACUUCAAAACUUACUGCACAGAUAUUGCAAAGGAUCUGAGCAUGAAUGUUUUGGCCGUGAGACAAGCCUAUGAGCAUUGGUUUGCAAACUUAUCCGUCAAAAAGCUCUCUUAACGGUUUGUGUGCUACUCUUUCUUCCCUCUUACAUUUCCUCCUGAGUUAAAGCAAAAAAAGAGGAAGAGGUAGAUGCAUCACUGUGAUCUUGUGCGAGCUCUUUGAUCCGUGGCAUGGGAGAAAACAACCAUUGUACUGAGAGAACAAAACAUCGACACUAACUCUCCCAUUAACUGGCCACGCCAUUUCCUUGAUCUCACAAGCACCUUUACUAUUUUCACAACGAAUUUUAUAGCUGAUGAACUUGAAAUUUCAGUUCUAUGUCCGCCUGGAA